GCUGCUCCGGCCCGCCUGGCUCCGAGCCUCUCGCAGAGCCCCGCGGCGGGCCCGUCUCUCCGGGGUCUACCCUGUGCCCCGGCGCAGCGCCGGCCGGGCGGAGGCUGCCGGCGGAUCCGGUCCUGCCGCGGCCGAGGUCCAGUCACUCAGAGCACCAACAAUGCCAUCCAAUAAGUCUGUCUCAGAUGCCCCAAUCUUCCAGUUCACAAACUGCCGGAUAUUGAGAAAUAACCAAUUGCAGAGGGAGGACCUGUGGGUGAGAGAAGGGAAGAUCCUCAACCCAGAAAAGCUCUUCUUCGAUGAGAAGGGGUUUGCUGAUAUUCAGCUGGAUUGUAAGGAUAGCAUCAUUGCUCCCGGAUUUAUCGAUGUGCAGAUCAAUGGAGGCUUUGGGGUGGAUUUCUCCCUAGCUACUGAUGACUUCAAAUCAGGGAUCAACCUGGUUAGUCAGAAGAUUCUCUCCCAUGGAGUGACCUCCUUCUGCCCCACCCUGGUGACCUCCCCCCCAUCGGUCUACCACAAGGUUCUUCCUCAGAUCAGCGUAAGAAAUGGAGGAGCCCACGGAGCAGGUGUCCUGGGAGCCCAUCUGGAGGGGCCUUUUAUAAGUAGGGAGAAGAAAGGGGCUCAUCCAGAGCACUGCCUUCGCACCUUUGAGUCAGGAGCCUUCCAGGACCUGCUUGCCACCUAUGGGGCCCUAGACUGCAUCCGGAUUGUCACUCUGGCCCCCGAGAUGAAGAGGAGUGGUGAGGUUAUCGAAGAACUCACUAAACGAGGCAUCUGUGUCUCGCUGGGUCACUCUGUGGCAAAUCUCUCUCAGGCAGAGGAAGCUGUCCAGCAUGGUGCUACCUUUAUUACUCACUUGUUCAAUGCCAUGUUACCUUUCCACCAUCGAGACCCUGGGAUUGUUGGGCUGCUAACGAGUGACAAGAUCCCCACCGGUCGGAGGGUGUUCUAUGGCAUGAUAUCGGAUGGCAUCCACACCAACCCCGCUGCUCUGAGGAUCGCACAUCGUGCCCAUCCCAAAGGCAUGGUGCUGGUGACAGAUGCCAUCGCUGGAAUGGGACUGGCUCCAGGAAGGCACACCCUGGGCCAGCAGGUGAUUGAGAUAGAUGGGCUGAACACCUACAUUGCAGGGACAAAGACCCUGAGUGGCAGCGUAGCAACCAUGGAUACAUGUGUUCGACACUUCCUAGAAGCUACAGGGUGCACGGUGGAGACAGCACUGGAGGCUGCAUCUUUCCACCCAGCCCAACUCCUAGGAAUUGAACACAAAAAGGGGACCCUGGACUAUGAUUCAGAUGCAGAUUUCCUGAUGCUGGAUGACAGCCUGCAUGUCCAAGCCACAUACAUCGCAGGUGAGCAAGUCUGGAGACAGGACUCCUUUACUGUAUGAAACCAGAGACUCGCCUGGCCUUGGCUUUGCUCCCCACAGCCCUAGUGCCAACCGUUGGCUCUUCCAGGUGUCUUGGUCACUGGGUCCUGGCAGCUGCAUCGCCCUCUCCCUCCAAAUGCGACAUUUUUUUUAAAGUCCUAUUUGGGGCUUUCCUUGAAGGAAUCUAGCACCAAAGAGCUGUUCAUUCUAGAGCAGCUGCUGCUUCCAGUCGCCAGCCAUGCCUGCAAUGAGUUCAUCAGUGCUUUGCUGACAAAGGUGAGCAUGGCAGGGAUCAUCACGCAAUGGACCAGCUGGAAAGAUGGGGCAGCUGUCCUUCCUGGAACACCUGAGCCGAGUUCCAUAGUGGCUGCCAGCACUGUCCUGUGCCAGUCUGAAACUGCACAGCCCUGUGUACUUAUCAGUCAGAUCCAGUGCACACACCUGCUCCCAGGAGCUAAAGCCAUUUCUGUCCCUCACACUGCCUUGAUCUCUCCCUGUGGCAGUCCCCCACACAAGAGCACUUGGUUCCUAAGGUGCAGCUCUUUUCUAAAAGUUCCUCUGCCCUGUGUAAAACUGCUCUGGUGGAAGCUCAGGAGUUAAUUGUAAGCCUGUGGAGGAGACAGUGCCUCUGCCUUGCACUGUCAUCCAGGGGCUCCAAGGUCCCAUCAUGCUUUUGCUCACCUGUUACCCAGAGCAGUACCUCCACCCAUGCACUUUUGGUCUUGGGACAGAUGCAGUGUCUAGGGUGUCAUGCUGCAGGGCAGGUUUCCCCCUGGGAGCAGGCCUCAAUGCUGUACUCCAAAUCCAGAAAAACAAGGCAUCCCUGGCCCCUUGUGCCUUCCUUCUGCUUGGGCAUUGAGUUCAUUUCAGGUGGCCUCUGUUGCCUUCAUGGACAACUUCCUGCAACAGAAAGCAAAGUUCUUAAACCAUGCACACGUGCAAAAUGGAUCUGACAGGGUCUGAUAUAUAUGCCCAUCAGUAUCUUAACAUACAGCUUCCCUAGAGGAUUUUGCAUUGCCUCUUAGUUUCCUGGUGCCAGCUAUGAGAUGCUUUUGCUGUCCAGAAUGUGUUGGAAAUGGCAGAGAGACAAUUGCAAGCCACUGUGCCUAUCAGGAUGGUGGGGUCUUUCAUGGUUUAUACCCCAGAGUCUCUGUGGAAUUAGGCCCCUUUUAAGAUGGUUGUUCAUCUGUUCAUUAUUCCCAUAUUCAUUAUCAUCCCCUCAAGGAUUUGUCAAACAGCUUUCUGCCACUUAACAGCUCUCCCUAAUUAAGGCUGUGAAAUAAUUUCCAGCCCAAGUCUGAUCUUGAUUUAGAAUUUAUGGCCAAGAAAAUGUCUGAAAUGCCUUGUGACUAAGGUCAGAAAUGAUGUCCAAGAAGCGUCUGGUCCAUCAGAAUUUUGGUAGAGAUGAGACUUAAAGAAAUAUGAUGAGCCUUACCAAGUUUAAAGGUGAUAUAGAGCCCCUAAAGUCUGAAAGAGUUCAGCUGGGUUUGUUCUUCCAUGUAAAAGCUUCCAGUACCUUUUUUAAACUUCUGAGAACAAUGCUUGAAAGAGCCUUCAGGACAAUUAUAACCCCUGCUGGAAUGACUGACAGCUCUGGAAAGUGUCUAGCAUCUGGUGCCUAGGUCAGCAAAAACUAAAACCUCCAAGACUGCAACGUUUGAAAGAGACAUCAAAUAUCGUGCUGUGAAAUAUUGCUUGAUCUGGCAGUACAGGACUCGCUAACAGAACUUCUGACAACCAUGGGGUUGCUGCCCAAAAAUCAAGGGAAUGCUAGGAGAAAAACUAUUUCAGACAGACCUUCAUUUUAAAAACACAUUUCACUUAA